AUGGCCCGGGCCCUGACCCCAGACACACCUUCGGGCGGGAAUGUUUACGCGCGCUCCUGGGCCCGGCCUGCCCGAUGCCCCCAGCCAGCCAGGCGGGAGGAGGAGCGGCCGGUGCCUCGAGUUCCCGCAGCUGCCCUUGCCUCGCGCCCCUCGGCCGCGUGCCCUCCUCCUCCGCCCAGAUCGGGAUAUUCGCCCCUGGAAGAUGAUGAAGAUGUGUAUGCACACAAUAGAUAUAAAGAUACCCCGUGGUGCUCUCCUAUCAAAGUGAAAUAUGGCUAUGCAAGCUGCAGAAGCCCUCAUGGAGGGUAUUACAGAAAUGUCUUGGGGACAAAAUGCGAUAUUCGUUGUCAGAAAGGUUAUGAACUGCAUGGGCCUCAGCAGCUUAUUUGUCAAUCAAAUAAACGUUGGUCUGGUAAAGUUUUGUGCAAACAAAAACGUUGCCCAACUCUUUCAAUGCCACCUAAUGGAGGAUUCAAGUGUUCAGAUGGUGCAUAUUAUAACUCCCGAUGUGACUAUUAUUGUUCACCGGGAUAUCAGCUAAAAGGAGACCGAAUUGUACAAUGUUUGGAUAACAAAUUGUGGAGUGGAAAACCAGCUUCCUGUGUUGAUGCGGAGCCUCCCAGAAUCCAAUGUCCGCGUGUAAAAGAGAAAACAGCAGAGCCCAAUAAAUUGACAGCCCGCGUUUUCUGGGACACCCCAGAGGGACGAGACACUGCUGAUGGCAUUUUGACAGAUGUCAUUUUGAAAGGACUGCCACCAGGUUCACAUUUUUCAGAAGGAGAUCAUAAAAUCCAAUACACUGUGUUUGACAGAGCAGAGAACAAGGGAAGUUGCAAAUUUUUGAUUAAAGUCAAAGUCAGGCGUUGUGGGAAACUGAAUGCUCCAGAAAAUGGCUACAUAAAAUGUUCAGGUGACGGGGACAAUUAUGGUGCUACCUGUGAAUUUUCCUGCAUUGGUGGCUACGACUUGCAGGGAAGUCCAGCAAGAGUUUGCCAGUUCAAUUUAGGCUGGUCAGGAGCAGAGCCAUCCUGUACACCUAUGAGUAUUAAUGUUGGUGUGAGGACUGCAGCGGCCCUCCUGGAUCAGUUUUACGAGAAACGGAGGCUGCUCAUUAUAUCCACGCCUACUGCAGCAAAUUUUUUCUAUAGGCUGCAAUUGGGAAUGUUGCAGCCAGCACAGUGUGGCUUAGCUCUCCGACACAUUACUGUAAUUGAGUUGGUUGGGAUCUUCCCAUCCCAGUUGGGAAGAAUCGGAUUGAAACUGAUGCCUCCUGCCCUGGCUUUGCAACUCAGGUUGUUGCUUCGAAUCCCCCACUAUAACUUCAAUAUGGUGGUAGUUGAUAAACACGGUGUGGACAAAGAGCGAUAUCCUUUCCCAGCUACUCCUGCUGAGCUCUUUACUCUCAUUGACAGUUUCCCAUUGAGAAAAGAUGAGAUGAAAUUGCAAGCAGAAGCUGCCCAGUCCUGUCCCUGAUUUGGGAUU